GAAAAGGGGAGAGACGGGAGGUGGAAGAUGGACGAACCAGGGCUUGUCAUCUUGUACUGCAGGGCCCAGUGACAUAGACGCGCUCCCGGGCAACGAGUGUAGGUGGAAUCGCCCGAUAUAGGCCCGAAAAUCAUGGAGAUGAACGAGCAGAAUGGAAAAUUGUCUGCUGAAGUAGAACCCUUUGUCCCUCAAAAGAAGGGGGCAGAAGCACUUGCAAUACCCAUGGCCCUUCCUAGUGAUGGUGGGAGUGUAGGUGGACUGGAACCCACGCCCAUUCCGAGUUACCUUAUAACUUGCUAUCCAUUUGUUCAAGAAAAUCAGUCUAAUAGACAGUUUCCUUCAUAUAAUAAUGAUAUUCGGUGGCAGCAGUCAAACUCAAGCCCAGCUGGGCCCUACCUUGCUUAUCCUAUUUUAUCUACACAACCUCCUGUGUCUCAAGAUUACAUGUACUAUCAGUUAAUGCCGGCACCAUGUGCUCAAGUUAUGGGAUUCUACCACCCAUUUCCAACUCCCUACACCACUCCUCUGCAAGCAACAAAUGCAGUAUCCGUAGACUGCAGUGAGCGAGCCAGCCAGCAGAGCCAGAUAAAUGCCCUGACCAGUCAAAGAAACAGGAAUACCAGAGCCCCACUUAUUCACAAACCACAACCGGCAUUACCACAACCCAGGUGCAAGAGACCUCCCAUGAAGAGUGUGGCCAUUCAAAAAGAAACCUGUGCUUCAAGCCCUGAAACAAGAUCCAAAAUAGUUCUCUUAGUGGAUGCCUGUCAACAAACAGAUUUCCCAAAUGAAAUAGCAAACAAGACUAUCUGUGAAAGUGUCGGUGCAACACCCUGGAAGUCAAAGGUUAGACGCAGGCGGUUAUCCCACCCUGCUGCAGAGUCAUCAAGUGAACAGGGAGCCAGUGAAGCUGAUAUCGACAGUGAUAGCGGCUAUUGUAGUCCAAAGCAUUGCCAAGCUGCGGCAAUGUGUACGAGGCAUGCUGAUUGUGGUGCAGUCAGUAUUUCAGAUCCAGCAGUACCUGCAGCUGGUGGUAGCUGGGCCAGUGUAGCUUCUCAGGCAACCCAGAAAAGACCUUGGAAUGAAAAAGGACAGACAUUUUCUAGAGGAGGAAGACAGACUGAAAUACGAAACAAUGCACAGCUUGGAUAUCGCUUAAGGGGGCAGAGUACAUCUUCAGAGAGAAGGCAUAAUUUGCAAAGGAAACAGGACAACAAGACAGGAACUCCAGCUUCAUCUAACAAAUCUGGACAAAGCCCAGAUCAUCUUUAUUUUGAGGACGAGGAUGAAUUUCCAGAGCUUAACAGCAGUAAUGGUGCUAGAAAUGACAACGCACAGACAAAGAUACCAACUAAAGUGUUGAAUGGUUUGCCUGAAAACUCCCCAAUUAAUAUUGUUCAGACACCAAUCCCAAUCACCACUUCUGUACCAAAGAGAGCCAAAAGUCAGAAGAAAAAGGCUCUUGCAGCUGCGCUGGCUACUGCACAGGAAUAUUCAGAAAUUAGUAUGGAACAGAAAAAGCUCCAGGAAGCCUUGUCCAAGGCAUCAGGAAAGAAGAGCAAGACUCCUGUGCAGCUGGACCUGGGAGAUAUGCUAGCAGAACUGGAGAGACAGCAACAAGCAAUGAAAGCUCGUCAAAUCACCAAUACCAGGCCUUUAUCUUAUACAGUUGGUAGUGCUGUCCCAUUUCACAUCAAGGAACAUACAAACAGAAAUGUGUUCACUAAGGCCCAGGCUGUGAUGGGUUCACCCAACCCUCUGGAUUCCACUGCUCCUCGAGUCAAAAGGGGAAAAGAAAAGGAGGUCCCAAAAUUAAAACGGCCCACAGCACUUAAAAAGAUCAUUCUUAAAGAAAGAGAAGAAAAGAAAGGCCGAUUACCUGUGGAUCCAAGUGUCUUGGGAUCAGAGGAACAAAAAGAUGCUCUAAGUUUUGCAGAUGAUCAGUCAGAGGAGCUAGCAUCACAAGAAGAAGCAGGCCUGAGUGCUCCAAGUGAUACCUCCCUAUCUCCAGCAAGUCAAAACUCCCCCUACUGUAUGACUCCGGUAUCUCAAGGCUCACCAGCCAGUUCAGGCAUAGGCAGCCCAAUGGCAACUUCAACCUUAACCAAAAUUCACAGCAAAAGAUUCAGAGAGUAUUGCAAUCAAGUUUUGAGUAAAGAAAUAGAUGAAUGCGUGACAGUGUUAUUGCAAGAACUUGUCAGCUUUCAAGAGCGUGUUUACCAAAAAGAUCCUGUGAAAGCAAAGUCAAAGAGGCGACUUGUUAUGGGUUUACGAGAGGUUACCAAACACAUGAAGUUAAAUAAGAUAAAAUGUGUGAUUAUUUCACCAAACUGUGAGAAAAUUCAGUCUAAAGGUGGACUGGACGAAGCACUGUAUAAUGUUAUCGCUAUGGCCAGGGAACAAGAAAUUCCUUUUGUUUUUGCUCUUGGUAGAAAAGCAUUAGGGCGCUGUGUAAACAAAUUGGUUCCUGUUAGUGUUGUUGGAAUCUUCAGUUAUUCUGGUGCAGAGAGCUUGUUUCAUAAUUUAGUGUCGCUGACGGAGGAAGCCAGGAAAGCAUACAAGGAUAUGGUUUCUUCAAUGGAACAAGAACAAGCAGAAGAAGCUUUGAAGAACAUUAAAAAGGUUCCUCACAUGGGUCAUUCUCGUAAUCCAUCUGCAGCAAGUGCAAUUUCCUUCUGCAGUGUGAUCUCUGAGCCCAUUUCAGAGGUGAACGAGAAGGAUUAUGAAACAAACUGGCGAAAUAUGGUAGAAACAUCCGAUGGGCUUGAAACGUCCGAAAAUGAAGAAUGUUCAGUCACAACUACAGGGUCAGAACAAGCAGCCAGCGCACCAUUGGUGCGAAACAACACACAAAAGCAAGAACCGAAAACUGCAAGCAGUACUACCUCAUCAGCUACCCUUGAGAAACCAACUCCUGCUGACAAGGAAGAGGUAAAACAAGAUGACAAUCUUGAAUGGGCCUCGCAGCAGAGCACUGAAACUGGAUCAUGGGAUGGGAGUGGCAGAGAUGUUCUCAAUUCAUCCAUGACUAGCACAGCAAGUACAUUGGUACCAGAAAUGCUUGAGGAAGAUGAUGAUGAAGAAGAGGAUGAUGAUGAGUAUCCCCAAGAACCUAUUUCAGUGAGCAGAAUAGAAUCUUGGGUCUCGGAAACCCAGAGAACUAUGGAAUCCCUCCAGCUUGUAAACUCUAACAGCCCUGAGGAGGAUAAUAUUGAACACAGUGAAGAGGAUGAGGUAGGGCAAUGUGAACAGUCAGAAGCUGCUGACUGCAAAGAAAGGACAGCAGAAAUGCAUGUCAGAAAUGGAUCACACACUCAGACUGGUCGAAAGUCUUCACUAAAAGAAAAAGUUAACUCCACUUUUAUGUAGAGCAAAAAAAAAAAAAAAAAACUCAGGAACUUCUCCACUUGCAAAAAAAGCAAGCUGUUCUAGUGGGAAAGUUGCAGCCAUUCCCAUAUAAGUUUCAUCUCAAUGUUUUGCACAGUUUAAUAUAUAUGUAAUUCCAAGCAAACUACAUCCGUUUUUCUAUUAAAUACUUGUUGACUCAUUUAUAUACAAGCACUAAGGAUUGUUUCAAAUAACACCUGCUAUUUAGCAAAACUGAGAGAACCUUUUUUUAACCUUCCAUUGAGCCUUCAGUUUACUGUAGUUACUGUAGGUAAUUGGUUUAUUGGUAAAUUGUGAUUCUAUCUCUCUCCUGCUUUGUUGUAUUCAUUUGACAAAUAGACUUUUUCCAAUUCCCAGUCUUAAAACAGACAAUAUGUUUACAUUGAAACUUGAUUCUGCAUUCUAAAGAGUUUUUUUGUGAAGUAUGAUUUAUGGUAGAUUUUACAUAUUUCUAAGUAUUUAUUUAAAAAAAAAAUCUGUUCAUAAAUCUGAAAUCAAAAGCAUAGGCAAUAAUGGGAUUUAUUGUCCAUUUGUAUAUUCUUUACAAUGCACAGUGUGUAUGCUUGCUUAGAUAGAGUAGUAAAAGCCUCUGUUUCUGUGUGAGGAGUGAUUAAUUUUUAUGGGCCUCACAUAUGGCGUCAUCAUUUUUAUAGAAUCCAGUCUGGGAACAUGUCGUUAUAGUAAUGGUUCCAAUGCAACAACUCUGGUUUCAAAUAUAAAUUAAGCUUUGCUGGAGUUGAGCUUAUGACUUCCAAGUAUUAAUUAUAGUAGAGAGACAAUAUUUUAUGGAUGCUAACAUUUCAGAAUUUCAUUUCAUGUUUUAAUUCAUCUAUUUUUAGUAAAUGUUAAACACAGAUAUAUGGAAAGUGUUAAAAAACUUGGGCGCUUUUUGAUAAUCUUUCUUAACUCACUUUACUUGUGUAUAGGAUCAACACAACUCAUUGACGUUGAUGUCUGAUUAUUUGCCGGCCACAUGAUAACUUUGUCUUUGUUCUCUACAGCAGGUAUGCUAAGGUUUGGGGAGAAUCUAUUUAAAUGACGUGUAAAUAUUAUAAAGCAUUUAGUCCAGCAAGGCUUUUGGAUACUGAAUGAUUAACCACAUGUAAUACUCAGUCUGAAAGGAUGUCAAAUAGAAGCCUUUUAGUGUAAAACAACUUAAAUAUAGGAUAGUGUUAGAAUAUGACUGUUCCCUAGCUUAUUCUAGGUACAGAUUCAUUUGCUUUCAGGUGCAUGGGAGUAUAUUAACUGACAUACAGCUCUGAAUGCUACUGGUCUUCAAAGCGUAUAAACCUAACCAUUGUAUUCAUCAAAGAGAAUCACAUUAAGUAAUGCACUCUGAAGGUUGGCUUUGUGCUACACUUUGUGUGUGUUGUACUCCCACUCUUUGUAAGAUGUGUUGCCUCACACAGUAUAUGUUAAACAGUACAGAAAUAUAUAACUAGCAUUGUCUAUAUGCAAUGAUUUGCAUUUUGUAUAUAUAUCUACUGAUCCACCAUAAUCGGGAAUGUAAAAGAGCUAUUUCUAAAUAGCUUCAGCAUUGAUUUUGGAUGAAUUUGUAAAUAUUGUUUGAAAUUGUAGCAGUAUGUAAUUAAAAGGACUAUUAAAGGUACAUAUCCAUGGCAGUUUUGGUACCAUUU